UAAAAUAAAAAAAUCAUUUCCUUUGUUUUUGAAAGGUUCACUUUUAGAAAACUUGAAUUGCACCAUUAAAAAAACCAUACAUAUUUCUUCAAAAUACUCUUUUCCAUCAAGGUUUAUUAAUCCAAUAAUAGCGGAGUCAUCUGCAAACUUAAUUAAGCGUGUUGUUUUAUAUUUAGCUCAUUAUUGACCUAAAAAAAUCGUGCUUGACAAAAUUAUUUGAAAUAAAAUAAACACAUAAAUGUGUUCGCCCUUUUAAACGACAUUUUAUCGUCCCACGUUUUCAGAAGAAUUGAAAAUGAAGUCACUCGGAACCAGGGCAGCCUCGCUGCUGUUGAGCCUUUUCCAUGUUGUCAGCUGUGCUACUGACCUGACUCGAGUGGAGGGGCUGGGAGGGGACACGGUGGUCAGUGCCACAUUGGCGCGAAUCCACGAAACCUGUCUUUUCCCCAACGAUUACCUCUUCCUGCGACGUCUAGCACACGUGGUGUCUGACGACGGGACAAACAACAAUACUUACAGGGCAGGCUUUCACGGCGGGCUGUGGCAGGUUGUCUCCGAUACCAAGAGAUUCUGCAGCGCAGUCACAGUUUUACCAAAUCCAUCUCGCUGGGCAAGCUCAGGAAUUUCUUGACGGCAUUGCCACCUUAGAUAUCGGCUGCCGCUCCAACAACCUGGACAUGGCAUUUGUCCUGGACUCGUCUGGCAGUGUGGAUGUUGCUGACUACGAGAAGUCUAAGACGUUCACCGCCAGCAUCGUGGAAGGUUUUGAUGUUAGGCCGGACUCUGUCCGUGUGGCCGCCAUAGCCUUCAGCAAAAAUAUAGCGCACGAGUUUGACCUCAACACCUACAAUACUGCACAGGAUGUCAAGGAUGCUGUAAUGAGGAUUGGGAAGGAGAGUGCGGAAACCCGCACAGACCUGGCACUGGACUUUUUACGUGAGACUAUAUUCACACACCAGAGAGGAGCAAGAAAUAAUUCAGCAAAGAUCGCUAUUGUACAGACGGACGGCAAAUCUACAGAGCCCGCCCUUACAGGUCCAGCCGCACAGGCGCUCAGAGAUGAGGGAAUUGUCGUGUUCGUCAUUGCGGAGGUGAUACAGCCCGUGAACACUAGCAGCUCUUACCACUGUGGUGGGGACAACACGGUCAAGCUAACUGCUGCCGCUCAGCUGACCAUAUCGGUUCGUUCGGAGAGCGCUGGACUCCGCCUGUCAGGAUCUUUUGAGAUCACUCAGCCCAACGCAGCCUUUAACGAUUUCUUCAGCGCCAGUUUUUGUUUCAAGGCGACAGCAAGACCUUUUUAGGACAAGACAGCUCAAGAUCACGUGUAAAUCUACUUUCGAUCUGUUACUUUCGCAGCUGUUACUUAGGCUAUUAUUACAUAUUUCAUUACUCAAUAAUAAUAAUACAGUGCAUUCUU